AUGAUUAUCGGUGCAUCUCUAAAAGUGUCAGACUGUGCUAGCGCUGAUCACGAGGCGGCCACCAAGGCCUUGAUCAAAGGACUCACUGCUGGCGACAGAGCUGAUGGGCCGAAAUAUCUGAUCCAUACUUCAGGUACUGGUAUCUUGAUGCACAAAGAUCUAGAAUCCAAUUUCAACAAAAAGCCAAGAACUCUUGGUGAGGCUGCAGAUGAUAUCUACGAUGACUGGAGCGGUGUUACCCAAGUCACAUCCCUUCCAGAUUUUGCACCGCAUCGUAAAGUGGAUAGGUUAGUGAUCGAAAGUGAUGGUCCAAGUCUCAAGACCGCAAUUGUGUGUCCACCGACAAUCUACGGUGUUGCCCGUGGACCCGGAAACGUGAGGGGUCAUCAAUUGUACGAACUCGCACGCUGCACGCUUGAAAAAGGGCAUGGGCUGCAGAUCGGUGCCGGUAAGACAUUCUGGACAUACAUUCACGUGAAAGACAUGAGUAAGGUCUAUCUCAAAUUGGUCAAUGCCGCUUUGGCGGGCGGCGGUGAGGCAACCUGGGGCGCUGCAGGCUAUUACUUCACUGAGAACGGUGAGCACGUUUGGGGCGACGUUUCCAAAGCGGUCGCUCGUGAAGCAAAGAAACAAGGCCUCAUUUCUGAUGAUCAAGUGUUGUCUGUUUCAGCUGACGAGGGUGAUCGACUGACCAAAUACGGAUCCCUUCUUUGGGGAGCCAAUUCACGUUGUCGGGCGGUGAGAGCACGUGAAUUACUCGGAUGGGUUCCCAUUGAGAAGUCUCUAUACGAAGAAAUUCCCAAUGCAGUGAGCUCGGAGGCACGGAGGCUAGGAUUGACCAGUGGUCACGGAUCGAAAGUUGCCGGAUAG